CGCGCAAUUUAAACGGUUCAUAAAUUUCCAUUGUAAAGUUUAGCGGAAGGCCUCCGAUCAGGCGAUCACCGUACAGUUCAGCAGGCACAGCGAGCAGCGGCAAGCAAUAACAUCUGACCGGAGAGCCUUUGACCACGAUGGAUGUUCCUGGUCCCAGGAAUAAAACCAUUUGCAGAGAAGGAAGUGGCGACGAUGGCGAUAGAAUCAGUUCUCUGCCAAACAAUCUGAUUGAGCACAUCUUGACCUUUCUUCCAUUACGAGAAGCGGCCAAGACUAGUGUCCUGUCAACUGGCUGGAGGCGCAAAUGGGUGAAUAGUCCAUCGCUUGCAUUCGAUGGUCAGUUCUGGAACCCAUACCCAGUUGGGGUGGCUCCUUGGUAUCUCGAUAGUAAUGGGGUCUAUCCUAUUACCAUCGAAAAACUAAUGUUGAAUGUGUUCACAGUUCUCUGUCACCAUAGGGGACCCUUGAGGGAGUUCUCUCUUUCUAUCCCUCAACUGAGUACCUUUCCUGCUUAUGUUGAUCAGAUUUUGCUUACCUUGUACGAGAAAUGUAUUGAGAGCUUAUUCAUUUGGAUCAAUGAAUACAAGGUUCCUCAUUGUCUCUUCUCAUUCAGGCAGCUCAAGAAGUUGCGUCUGUACGCCUGCACGUUCACUUCCUCCCAAAUUUCGUUUGAGGAAUUCAGUAUGCUUACUAGCCUUGAACUUAAAUGGAUCAAAUUCCCAAAUGCUCAGCGGGUUUCUUUCAUCAUCAGAUGCCCAUUGCUUUUAACUUUUACUAUGAUUGCUUGUGUCACUGCUAAUGGCACCUAUCUUGAUAUACUGAGCGAAGCACCCAGCCUUAGCUAUCUCAACUGCGUAGGAAGCUUCAGCUCUGUGUGUGUCAAAUACGCUCCGCAUCUCAAAGAUGUUACUGUCCAUCAGACUGCAAGGUUAGUUGAUCCUUCUAAGAGCAAAGAUGAACCCACUAAUUUCAAGAAAUUAUGUGGUGGUUGUCCAGCAAUAGAGCGACUAUGUAUAGCACUUGAGCUCUUCAGGGUAAAUAUACUACUACUGUCUUUACCAAUUAUGCAUCUUGGAAGUUUUGAGUAGCCAGAGCUCUUUCUUACAUAGUCUCAUUUGGGAAUUGCAGGACUUGGGAACUAAAGAACUGAUUAUUCAACCUGGUCAAGUAUUUAGGUUAAUGAUGCUAAGAGAACUAAGGUUGGGUGAAUUGUGUCUCAGCUGUCCGAGGGAUGUCUGGCGUAGUAUGCUCUUAAUCAUAGUUGCCCCAAACUUGCAAGACCUCAUCAUCACUACCAAGCCAAUGGCAACCCAGUACAUAGCUCUCAACCUGAUAUCUGCCGUACAGAGGGUGUGUGGAUUGAUGAAACACAGAGCAAGUAAGCUGGUGAAAGUGGAGAUCAAUCAGUUGCAGGGAGAAAGGACUGAGAUGUGUUUCAUUCAAUGGUUAUUAGCUGCUUCACCUGAGCUUCACAAUAUGGAGAUCAAGUUUUCUCCUAAUUCGCUACCUACUGACCAGGUUCAGACUCUGAAAGAUUUGAAUGGAUUUCAGCGAGCCUCCAGCAAAGCACAAAUCAUAAUAUAGUCACCCUGGUUUCAGUAGAGCCGUUUUUUUUCCUCAUUCAUAAAUAGUCGAUCAAUAUAGAGUCUACUUAUGGUGGACAUUGAGUACGUUGUGGUCGCACAGGCAGCUCAUUCUCCUUCAAGGAAUUUGUAGGCAUUUCUGUGCUGUCUUUUCUGUUGGAUUGACUUGUGCAUUGUAUAUGUUCCCAAUGUCUACUGCAAGUUCGAGUUUGAUGUGCAUGCCCAGGAGACUUAUGUUUUCUUUGUUAUGAAUGAGAGGGGUUAGGGCAACUACAAGUGUUAACAAGCUUUUCGUUCAUCAUUUACAGUUUUUAUAGGCAAGGCUCAACCAUGACAGCCUGCAAGAUUUGCCACUUUCAAACUUGAGCAGGAGCAAAAUGGUUUCAAAGUGGAGACGGGAGAGAUUGAAGGAAUAUCACCUAUUCCAGAGUUCAGCGGGGCCGGGGACGGGGAGUGGCAGGAACGAAGCGACUGCACCAAUAUCCAACCGAAAGAUCACAACAAGAGAGCCAUUGACGACUAUGGAUGUUCCUGGUCCGGGGAAUAAAAAGGUUUGUAAGAGUGAUGGCGGCGGUGAUGGUGAUAGAAUCAGUACUCUGCCGCAGAGUCUAAUUGAGCACAUCUUGAACUUUCUUCCACUACGAGAAGCAGUUAAGACCAGUAUCUUGUCAUCUGCCUGGAGGCACAAAUGGGUGAAUCGUCCAUCACUCGUAUUCGAUGCAAGUUUCUGGACGCCAUUCCCAGUUGUUGAGACAUCUGCCCAGUACUACGCCACUUAUGGGGUCGUUCCUCGUACAAUCGACAGACUCAUAUCGGAUGUGUUCAGAGUUCUCUGUUACCACAAGGGACCCUUGAGGGAGUUCUCUCUUUCGAUCCCUCAACUGAGCAGCUACCCUGCUCUUGUUGAUCAGAUCUUGCUUUCCUUGCACGAGAAAUGUAUCGAGAAGUUGUGCAUUGCGAUCGAUGGUUGCAAGCUGCCUAGUCGUCUCUUCUCAUUCAGGCAGCUCAAGAAGUUGCAGUUGCUUGCCUGCACGUUCACGUCCUCAGAAAUUUCGUUCGAUCAAUUCAGCAUGCUUACAUGCCUUGAUCUUAGAUCAGUUAAGUUCCCGGAUGUUGCUGGGGUUUCUCUCGCCAUUAGAUGCCCAUUGCUGUCGUCUUUGAUUAUGAUGGAUUGUGGCAGUGCCUUCAACCGCCUCGAUAUACUGAUUGAAGCAUCCAGCCUCAGCCUUUUCCAUUUUGUGGGGAGCUUCAGCUCUCUGUUGGUCAAGGAGGCUCCACUUCUCAAAGACGUGACUGUCUAUCGGACUGUAAGCUUUGUUGAUCUUCCUAAGAACAAAGAUGAACCCACUAAUUUCGUGAAAUUAUGCGGAGGUUGUCCAGCAGUUGAGCGGCUAUCUGUAGCAAUGGGGUUGUUCGUGGACUUGCCACCUCCAAAUCUGAUAACUUUAACGAGUCCAUCACCAAAUCUAAUGAUGCUUAAGCAACUCAGGAUGGAUGAAAUAUGUCUCAGCUCUGUGAGGGACGUCUGGGCUUGUCUUUUGUUAAUCGAACACUCCCCUAAAUUGCAAGAACUCAUCAUCGGUACCAGGAUAGGGGCAAACACGAAUGUAGACGUCCAGUUGAGAGUCAUACAACGGCUGUGUGAAAGCAGGACGUACAAACCAAAAAGGCUGAAGCAAGUUGAACUGUAUCAGUUGCAUGGUUUAAAGAAGGAAAUGUGUUUCAUCCGAUGGUUAUUAUCCGCUUUACCCAUGCUUGACAAGAUGUUGAUAACAUUUUCAGCAAAUUCACUACCUCAUCAACAGAUUCAGACCCUAAAAGAGUUGAAUGGGUUUCAGCGGCCCUCCAGCAAAGCACAAGUCAUAAUCUUGUGAUCCCACCUUGCGAGAUUGAGUAGCAGUAGCCAUUUUCUUCUUGAUCACACAUGGUAUUCUUCCUGUGUUGUGCAAUGUGUAUUUUCGCGGUGGCACCUUGAUUUUUGUCCAGGUCUUGUGACUGUUUUUGCUUGCCUAUCACUAGUAAAGCUGAAUAUCUCAGAGUACAGUUUUAUAUUUUAUACAUAGAAAACAAUGUUCA